AUGGCGGGCGAACUCCACCAGGCAGAUCGAUGGAUUGGGAAGGGCGUGAUGCACAUCGGGCCCGGCGCCCACUGGACCGGCCGGGCUUGGCUUGGGGCCGCGAAAAGUCACGCGUCGUCAGAGGCUCAGCCUCGCCGACGUCACGAUAAAUCUCACCAAGUCCCCGACGGCCACGCUCGAAGGCGCCCAACAUUGCGGUCUUCCAGCACUCGCAGACUCGACAACAUCAUGUGUUCGUCCUCGCAGUCCUCGAUGAACACCAUCCGCAAGGUGCAAGUGGUAGUCGCGUUUUGCGCCUGGCCAUGUGCCCUCGCGACCGUUCUCAAGAGCCACAAAUCCCCUGAGAGCGUGUUCCAGCUCAUUGUCCUCUCCUUUUCGUUCCUUGCGGAGCUCGGCAUUCUCUUCGCAAAGCAAACCUCCCGGAAACCGCAGGCCGUUCACCCCCCGAGAGAAAUCCUGAUAGAUACCGCAGUGGGCUCGAUCUUGCUUGCGACUUUCAUUGGUGGCAUGGUGAUCCUUGCCAAUCGGGAAAUCAGAGAAUGGGGAUAUACAUACAGGCUGGCCAGGGGAAUUCCCGAAAUUUAUUCCAAUCUGGCCUGCCUCGUUCUGGGAUUAUUGCACUUCCACAACAUCGGCAAGACAAUGUUCUACCGCUACGCCCUCCCCAGGAUCAAGAACCACCUCGGAGCGACCUAUUUCAUGUGCCCGGCGUGCGCACGCUCGGCCCACUCCAACGCGAUGGGCGAUCUAGACUGGAGAGACAGCCAGGAUCAACAGCGCACGACUUUCAUGCAAGACCUGCACGGGAUAUACUCGGAUAAUGAAGUGGAGUAUCGGCCAUUGCUGCGGGAGGACCGCCGAAGCGAAGAGGAUAAGCAGGAAAAUGGUACCAUCAACAUUCACGACCGCUCCUCGCAUGAGGUGUAA